UCUCAUUUUGGAAAUUGCUUUACGAAGGUGACAUUGUUUUCCCGUCAUUUUUGUUGUUAUAUGUUAUUUUUAUUUUGUGUUACCAUCAAAAUCUUCAGUGCUAUGUGAUCUAAUUGAUAUAUUCAAUAUUCCGUUCAAUCUAAUAGGUACAUAUGUCUACAAAUAGUUUUAUGAUACCAAGCCUAUUCAACAGUAAUUCUCUCUUACUGUACAAUAUUGAAGUAAUCCGCAAAUGGUCCAUAGAGCUGUGAUGACCGACAAAACUUGCGACCACGCACGUAUUCUAGUGCAGGACCCUAAGACCCACAUGUGGUCGGGGCCGUUGGCUGGCGAUGACAACACGCUGGCGGAGGCAUGGAGGCGGAAGUGCGGUUGUAUACGCACCAGUGACAAGCUCAAAAAUAUCCUGGGAUCAUUUCCAAGUCCACCGCCACCAACUCCUUUGGCCAAACAUUCGUUCGAUAAAACAUGUACUUACGGCGGCGGACGCGACAAAUUCAUGCCGUUAGAAAGUUGUUGUUGGCCACAAGAAAAAAAGACGAGCAAGUCGUGGCAGGUGAUAGGAGAGUUGGUGCAGUUGGUGCAGCUGUCAGUGACUGCGACUGCGCUGGCUCUGUACUACCUCAUCUACUGCUACAUGCAGCUGGUGUACUACACGCUUAGAAGCGCCCUGUACUUCCACAAUGCUGACGGACCAAUGAAAAUUACAAUUGGAGUAGUAACAUUAACGUCAUUAAUAAUCGGAUUCAACUUGAUGCUGCGGAUGGAGAGGAUACUCGGAAUACUUUACUAAACUAUUGUAUAUAGCAAUUAUUUCUACAUAUUGUACAGCUUACACAGACUUAAAUAAACACGGAAAAGUAACAAAACCGAACAAAGUGAGUUAGUUGCAAAAUGUAACAAAUAAAGUCAAAUGAAUUCAAUAACCGACCGAAAAUUAAAGUGUUUUGUUUCUUUUACAAAAAUAAAAAUGUCGCUACUUA